UGCUCUUAGACCUGUUCUCUCAAAAUUUAUCUGAGCAGUUUAACUGAACCAUCACCAAGAAAAUGGCUUUCCAAACCUACAGCUUGCUUGUUCUGUCUGUCAUCAUGAUUUCUUUUGGACAUGUUGAAAAUAGAUCGAAUCUUCUUCAACUUCAAAAUGAUAUAGACAAACUGAAAGCUGAUUUUAAUUCAAGUCAUUCAGAUGUAGCUGAUGGUGGACCCAUUUUUACGGAUAAGCUGUCAAGCUGGACAGAGAGAAAUGAAAAAAGGAUCAUCCUGAGUCAGAUUAUUUCCAUGUACUUGAAAAUGCUUGAAAAGACUGACAKGUCGAAGGCUCAUGUCAGGAACAUAACUGAAGAGCUCCAUACUCUGAAAGAAAGCCUUUCUGAUGGCUCACAGAAGAUAGAAGAUCUCAAGAACCUGACAAAACUUGAGAUGAGUGACUUGAAAGUUCAGCGCAAGGCUGUGAAUGAGCUGUUCAGCGUCUUACAAAAGCUGCGGGACACCUCAAGUUCUCCCAAAAGAAAACGAAGCCAGUUUCAGAGGCUGUGCAAAUGCUAA